CCACAUUCCUUCAUUCCAACUGGUGCUAAUCUCUAUCGACUUUUUGCCAUCGCCGUAUUUAUCGAUUAAUUUCACAAAAUGUUACCACUGUCACUAUUAAAAACGGCGCAGAGCCACCCUAUGCUGGUGGAGCUGAAAAAUGGUGAAACAUACAAUGGUCAUCUGGUUAGUUGCGACUCUUGGAUGAAUAUAAAUCUGCGCGAUGUCAUUUGCACCUCCAAGGAUGGCGACCGCUUUUGGCGUAUGCCCGAGUGCUACAUCCGAGGAAGUACCAUCAAAUACCUGCGGAUUCCCGAUGAAGUGAUCGACAUGGUCAAGGAAGACGCGCAGGCAAAGUCGAGAAAUCGCACAGAGAUGAACAAAAACCGCGGCGGCAACGCGUCGCAAAAUCAACGCGGCGGACGUCCUGGUGGCAACCGGAAUAACGUCGGCAAUCGUCCUGGCCAGGGAUACGGAGGUCCUGGAAACAAUGCGAUGCGCCUUGGCGGAGCUGCUGGUCAAGGGAAUCGCCUGCCCCACGCCGCCAAAAAUAGAAAGUAGUUUCUUGGACCGUAGUAAUAAAUUAUUUUCAACCUUUCAAA